AAGAGUUAUCCUAUUUCUAGUACAUCUGUACAUAAAGUAUGUUAAAAAUGCUAAUAAGAACUUAAAAAAAGAAACAAAGAAGUAAAAGUAUAUUUUUUUGUUCUGAUAUAUUUUGGAAUAAAAUAGAAAAUCCCUUCAGUGUGGAAAUAAACAUACCUAGCACUGGGAAUUGUAAGAAAAUGACAGAUAUUCCAUUUUGCUAUGUUAUGUUAUGCUCAGUGUGAAGAUACAUUUCCUUUUAUCUGUCUUGCACCUCCAGUUAUUCAGCUUGGGUUACUCAGGCUUCUCACAUAAUGAGAAAGGGAGAACUUCUUUCACUCCACUUCCUUCACAUCAAGAGUUUGGGGACUUCUAGUUUAGGGAACUAUUCAGAAUGAUCUGCUAGAAAGUUCAGAUGGAGUAGUUCAGGACAGUGGACCAGAGCUUUCUAGCAGAUGUUUCUUGGAGCCUCAUAAGGCUACUUUUCCCAGGAUCUCCUAGGAUGGCUCUAAUAAUGUUAAAUGGGAAGGAAACCAAUGGCACGAGCAUGUGAACUUCAGAUAGAACUUUAUACACCUCUAUAGCAUUCCUUUCUCUUUACUCAUCUUCUUUCUAAGGAAAACUCCCAAGCGGUAACACUGUUCUUUGAGGUAAAAUUGCCCUAGUACAGGCAUGGGUAAACUUUGGCCCACCAGGUGUUUUGGACUUCAACUCCCACAAUUCCUAAUAGCCUAAUGGGCUAAAAUUUCCCCAGUCUUGGCUGAAACUAUAUGUUUCCCUAGCUCCAGAGGCACCUCCCAAAUGCUAUAGAAAGUAGAAUACCCAGAACUGUAUAUAGCCCACCAUCAAGUUGUAUUAAAUUUGGAGGUAGAACAACUUUCCAAAUGUCCCCACUGUGAGCUGAUUUGCAGCAAGAUCUUUCCCCUCCCAGGCUUACUUGGUGGCCUGAGCAGUGCUGAGGAUGCCCCGUGUCUGAUUCUGCAUCACUCAAGUCAGAGAGAACCCCUGAUUUUAUAGCUGUCGCAGUUUAAGAAGUGGUGUAAGUUUUUCUUAGGAACACCAACACCAAGAACCACAAGGAGGAACAUAACCAAAAGUGGGGAAAUGAGAGAAGGAGUGGGAUACAAUGUGAGGCGACUAGAGUAUCAGGCACCUGGAGUGAUCAUACACAAGAUUCGUUGACGUGAAACUCAUUUUUAGAGAACUGCCAUCUCAGCCUAAACAGCAAAGAUGGUUGAAUAUAUCUAGCUUCUAGAUAAGGGGUCCACAAGCUGAUCCUAUCCUUUGGAGUAUUAGCUGUCCCUCCUAAUUUGGUGUCACUUGAAAACUUGAUAAGCAUGCCCUCUAAACCUUCAUCUAAGUCAGUGGUUCUCAACCUAUGGGAUGUUUUUGCCUUCAACUCCCAGAAAUCCUAACAGCUAGGAAACUGGCUGAGAUUUCUGGGAGUUGUAGGCCAAAACACCUGGGGACCCACAGGUUGAGAACCACUGACCUAAGUCAUUAAUAAAUAUGUUGAACAGUACUGGGCCCAGGACCAAACCCUGCGGCACUCCACUAGUCACUUUUUUCCAGGACAAAUUGGAACCAUUGGUGAGCACCCUUUGGGUUUGGUAACUUAACCAAUUACAGAUCCACCUAAUAGUAGCAUUGCUUAGCUAGCCCACGUUGGACUAGUUUGCUUGCAAGAAGGUCAUGGGGACUUUGUUGAAGGCCUUACUGAAAUCAAGAUAUGCUACAUCCACAGCAUUCCCUACAUCUACCAAGUUUGUAACUCUAUCAAAAAAAGAUGUAAGAUUAGUCUGGCAUGACUUGUUUUGAGAAAUCCAUGCUGACUUUUAGCAAUUACAGCAUUUCAUUCUAAGUGAUUGCAGACUGCCUCCUUAAUGAUCUUAAGGAAUUUUUCUUGCCAUUGAUGUCAGGCUGACUGGAUGGUAAUUGUUUUCCCUUCUUGAGGAUAGGGACAACAUUUGCCCUCCUCCAGUCUCCUGGGACUUCUCCUGUUCCUACAUGUCAUGAGGUCCUAAGAAAGACUUAUAGCCAAGCACGAGUUUAUGUGGACUAUGUGGACAGUCCAAAGUAUGUGGACUGUCAAAAGAGCCAGCUAACAAAAAAUCCUCUCUACACUCAUUCCUAAUAGCUAGGCCAAAGGUGGGAGCAUAUUAAAUCUGAUGUUCAAUGACUCAUCUCUUGGCAUGCCAAGUUAGGAUAAACAGUACAAUUUCCACACUGAGCAUGCAUAUUCAGCAGCAGAGUAGCAAAGCGCAAGGGCAGAUGUCUUCAUGUGUCUGGUUGUGAUCCCCAGGUGGUGCCAAUCAGCUUUCAUACGAUAUUAUUUCUAGCACCCAUUUUUUGCUUGAUAGUCAGUCAGCACUUCUCGUAGGUCCAGGGUAACUCCUUGGUUUUUUGGUGUGCUGCAAUGCUCCAGUGGGAUUCCUUCCCAGAUAACCCUCAGAGCUCAAGAUGCUUGUCUGUUCUUAAGGUGAAAAGCACAUGUCUGUGUUUUAGAUGGAUUAUGUAUUAUUGAGUCAUGGCAAUUGUGGCUGGGCAAUCUCAAGGCCCCUGGACUUCCUUCUAGGGGUUAAAAAUCUCUCAAGAAAAUGAUGCUUUCAAACUGGCUUUUCUAUAUGGCCGCCUCAAACGACAUCCCAUUGAUGAUGGCUGGAAUUUGUUAACACAGUUAUAACUGAAUACACAGAAUAACUGAGUAUUCACCAUGGCAAUAUUGCCAUGAUGAUAACAGUCUCUCAGUCCUGACAAACUCCCCUUCCGUGAAGCCCUUCUGUUCUGUGAAGACCCCUCACCUAGGAAGCCAUGGUAAGUCAUGUUCCUUGAGUAUUUCCUCUUACCUUCAGCACCUUUCCUUCUUUUUUAUUUUGUACCUCAUCUCUACAUGGCAAACGCAAAGAUAAAGAGCACUUAGACUUUUUGUCUUAUUGUAAAUAUAACAUGUAGACUUCUCUUGGAACUGUUUUAACUAAGUGCUAGGUAUAAAGUCUUAAGAUAAACAAUAAAUAAUUCAUCAAAUGUUGACAGGCGCAAUUCAUGAGGUUAUCGCCGUGUCUCUGUUUCCUAAAGAAAAUGGCCCAAGGGCUUCAACAAAGAGAGGCAGAGAUGCUGAAAAGAGAAUCAGCGAUGAAAGCCUUCUGACAUGGCUUCAAGCCAGAAAUGUUGCCAAUGAUUCUAAGGUGGGAUCUAAAGUGAUGGGAACUUGUAAAACUCGCAUAAAUGGAAAAAAUGAGAGCAGUAAAUCAUGACUAUUCAAGCCAUCUUCCACAUCAUUUCUGUAGAUUGGAAUAUUUUGGAUAACUGGCUAGGGAAGGUAUGGGCAAACUUUGGCCCUCCAGGUGUUUUGGAGUUGAAGUCCAAAACACCUGGACGGCCUAAGUUUGCCCAGGCCUGAGCUAAAGUUUAAGGGCUGAAAAAAGCCUCCCUCGAGUGAGGGUCCUGGCCGCCUUAUAUUCGGGUCGUCUUAUACUCGAGUAUAUAUGGUAAUCAGAGUUGGACAGUCUUAUCUUAAAUUACAGUUUAAUGUAAAUAUUCAAAAACAUUUAACCUACUGAUGCCUCAAUUAAUGUAAUUUUAUUAUUUAUUUAUUUAUUUACAGCAUUUAUAUUCCGCCCUUCUCACCCCAAAGGGGACUCAGGGUGGAUCACAUUACACAUAUAGGCAAACAUUCAAUGCCUUUUAACAUAGAACAAAGACAUGACAAACACAGGCUCCAAGCGGGCCUCGAACUCAUGACCUCCUGGUCAGAGUGAUUCAUUGCAGCUGGUUGCUCUCCAGCCUGCGCCACAGCCCAAUUUUAUUGGUAUCUAUUUUUAUUUUGAAAUUUACCAGUAGCUGCUGCCUUUCCCACCUUUGUCUUAUACUCUAGUCAAUCAGCUUUCCCAGUUUUUUGUGGUAAAAUUAGGUGCCUCAGCUUAUAUUCGGGUUAGUUUAUACUCAAGUAUAUAUGGGUAAUUGAUUUGUUGAGGCAACCUGCAAAUGCUUUUGGGGAGGUCUAUGGAUUUACUUCUCUUUCAGUCGUAGUGCCAGGACUCACCCACUGUUCUGCUUUGCAUCUGCCUAUACACACAUACUGACAUAUAGUUGUUAUUUGGUGUGUAUCAUAGCUUGUCAUGAUAAGAAACAUGUGUCAUUAGGAUUGGUCACUCACUGUAGUAACUUAUUGGGUCACUCCCAUACCAGAUCUUUCCACAAUAUUGUAGCUAAAAUUUCAGUAAAUUUAACAAAAUCAAGGAUUAUAAAACAAACAGCAAUGAAAAAACGGUGUGCUUGUAGCAUGGGCAGACAACACAGAGGGAUUCGAGACAUCAAUGUAAUUGAUAAUAAUGAUGCCUUUGACUGGAGCGGAUGCGUACUGUAAGGUUCAAAAAGUAAAACAGAAUAGAGUUUUAAUUUUGUAGGUAUAUUUAUGCAGUAUGCGGCUGCUGAGGAGCUCCUGGUGGUGCAGCUGAGCUGCUGAACCUACUGACCAAAAGGUUGGCGGUUCGAAUCUGGGGAGCAGAGUGAGCUUCCGCUGUUAGCCCCAGCUUCUGCCAACCUAGCAGUUCGAAAACAUGCAAAUGUGAGUAGAUCAAUAGGUACUGCUCCAGUGGGAAGGUAAUGGCACUGCAUGGCACUCCAUGCAGUCAUGCCAGCCACAUGACCUCAGAGGUGUCUACGGACAACGCCGGUUCCUCGGCCUAGAAAUGGAGAUGAGCGCCAACCCCAGAGUCGGACACAACUAGACUUAAUGUCAGGGGAAAACCUUUACCUUUACCCUUUUAUGUGGCCGCUAAUGCAAUUCGCACCCUCUUAAAUACCUUCCCAAUGAUACCACUGUCUGAGUUUUCUUGGUUUGCCUUUUGUUCUCUUUCUUUCUUUCUUUCUUUCUUUCUUUCUUUCUUUCUUUCUUUCUUUCCUUCUUUCCUUCUUUCCUUCUUUCCUUCUGUCUUGUUAGGCUGCAAGCCUGAAGGCAAAAUCUGUUUGGUUUGGCUUUUUUAAUUGAUCGAUAAGCUGCUCUGGGAGCCUUUCCAGCUGAAAAUGGGAUAUAUGAAUGCUUUAAAUAAAGAAGAAAGGCAGGCGCAUUGCAGUGUGAUACUGCAGUGGCCUUGAUUUAAGAAAAUGUCUGAAGCCCAGAAGGAAAAACAAAAAGGCCAUGUUGAGGGGCAAGGAAGCUGAAGAGAAAUGUACUCUUACAUAGCUUCAAACCAGGGAUUUUCAGAGUGAGAAAUGUUACUUCUAAGUAGAAUGACUUUAAUAGCAUCUUGAAGUCAUCCAUAGUUGUGUGGUGAGUGAUUGCACAAUCACAAAUAGGCUCAGCAUGUCACUACACUUAUUCUUAGGCUCUGGGGACUUUGCUAGCGACUUGGGAGAAACUCUCUAAAGGACAAUAAAACUGGAGACAUGAGAAAAUGUUGCUAGAGAAUCAGCUAGACAACCCUGAACUGGUCACUAGGGUUGCCAGUUUAGAAAUGCCCCAAACUCUGUGGCUUCCAGGCCAAAAUCUGAGACCUAGGAAUGAUCAGUACUGAGGUUGUUAAGUGUUAUUAUUAAAUAUAAACCACAGGAGCCUAAAACUUGAGAUUCAAAGACAUACAGAACUUGUAUGGACUCACGCUGGCUAUCUAACAAUGUUUCUCUAUUUCCAGAAAGUAUCGCGGGUCAACUCAGGUCCAUCUGACUUAGCCCCACAUUUGUAAAAGUUGGUGGAUGUUCUAGUUUGCUCGAAAGUCCAGAGUAAUCUUGCAGCCUUGGGUUAGACAGUAGGAUCUGGUCCUAUUUGGACCAGUCUGCUGUCCAAAUGAGAUACCAUUGUCAUCCCUUUUCUCAUGCAAACUUCAUCACAGGGCAAAGGGAGUGGAUCGAGGCUAUGUUAUUGCAUUGCUGCUCCCAACUGACCAAAGAGACCUGUCUGAGUUCCUAGUCAUUGUGGACACUCCAUGCUGACAUCAACAGAGGUGCCUGUGCAACCAGGAUGAAGAUGGGUCAUGGGUCAGAAAGAACAUUCUAAUCAAAUUUGCAAGUAGUGAAACCCACAAAAGUCAGACUCACAAAUUCAAGGGCCGACUAUAUUUUGUCAAUGAAUAAAUACAUACUGCCAGUUAAUCUGUGAAUAUUACCUCUUUGUAAUCUGAAGUUUCAUGAAAUAAACAUUUAGGUUAACUAUAGGACAGUUGUGAACUUAUUGAUCCUGGGUCUAGUUAACACAAAUAAUUUACUAUGGGGCUAGUCUGAAGUUACAAUACUCCAAACUGGAGGAUGGCUCUUUAGAGCUCUAUGGCUACAUCUAUAUUGAUGACAACAUGACACAGGUAAGUAACACCUUGUUUUCACUACAUCUCAGAUUAUGGGGAAAGCAGGAUGGUGUCACUGACACCUAUGAACACACAGCAGAGCUGAUUCUGAAUCAGAACAGCCCAGUUUUCACACUACUCUGAAGUGCAGGGCUGCUCCAGAGCUUUGGGGAAGCUCCAGCACAUUCCCCAACUUUCUCUAACUUGGAGCACGCCGUAUUAAGUGGCUGUAUCCAGUAUUGGGCCAAGAUGGCUCCAUGCAUCAUGUAAAUGUCACGGAGUCUAUUUUCUCCCAUUUCAAGGUAUAGUGCCCAUAUAAAUGUGCCACCUGACUGUAAAACCAUCCCCAUAGCAGUGCUCCUUCGCCCAUCAUUUCUUCACCUUUGGUCUUCUAGUUCCUCUUUGUGGCUCUUGGUUUUCUAAGGAAAAAUUGCUCCACACCUUCCAUUGCAACUGCUAUAAAAUCUGAGGUUUCUCUUCAGUUGCUGUUGCAGAAUCAAGCCGCAAAUCGUGCCAUGGCUACUACUGCACAGGCAACAAUGGUGUUCUGCUUUAUUUUCCUCACAUUCCUCUGUUGUGGUAUCAACAUCAAUGCAGGGAAAUUUGAGCCACAAGUGUCUUCAUUAUCACAUCCUUCUUCUUCUCGGGAGUAUGGUGGGCGCGAAGGAGAUGAGUUCACACAUGCUCGGAUCCAAAAGAAAGGGCCGAUCACUGCUAUUAGGAUCCGAGCUGUCUGGCAUUUCAUCGUGGGCCUCCAGAUCUGUUAUGGGCAGCGAUGGAGUCAAUACGUGGGUGGCCCAUUUGGAAAACUGCAAGAGGUCCCAUUGUUCCCAGGCGAGUCCAUUACACAAAUCAGAGGGAGUUAUAGCAGCUAUCUUCACAAACUCGAAUUAAUCACUGAUCAAGGGCGCCAGUUCUCCUUUGGACAGGACCGGGGCAUCCUUUUCAAUGCAAUUCCACCCAAAAAGGACACUGUUUUGCGUUACGUCAGUGGCCGCUCUGAUUAUUUUAUUAAGGCCAUCCAUUUCCACUGGGAUGUUAAACCCGGACAGAGAGAAGAGUGAAAACAGCAAUGGGCACAGAGCUUUAGAAGGAUAAUUUUGGACAAUAAUUCCCAGUGACCAUGCCAGGUAGGGGAUUCUGGGAAUUGUUGUUCAAAAACGUAAUUCUUCCAAGCUCUGGCUUUAUGGUGGUGCAUGGUCUAGGUUGGUAGGUACAACUCAACUCUGAAGUGCAAGGCUGCUCCCUCUUUCCCAUUUGUUUCCCAUAUCACCUCCUAUUAUGAGCCAAAUGGUUAUUCCAAUCCCCCAAGUAUCCACAAAUUCUUCUGGGUGGAUUCAAUUUUAUCUGUUCAAACCAGUGGUUUGGUCCUCCAAAUGUCUUGGACUCCAAUUCCCAGAAUCCUCAACCAGCUUGGCCAGUGCUCAGGAAUUCUGGGAGUUGAAGUUCCAAACAUCUGGAAGAGGAGGGAUCAAAAACCACUGUUUAUAUAUUUCUGAUGUUUUAUCACUCUUCCCCCCCCCCACCUCACAAACCCUUCUAUCUUCCUCCACACAUAUUUUAUCCAUCUGCUCAGCUCUUGUUCCUUCUAGCAAACUGUGAUGUCUUUCUACUGUUGAUCAAUUGAGCCAACAAACCUGUCCUGUUUAAUUAAAGUUCUCUCUUCUGUCGAAUGUAAAACAUGAUCAAAAUCACAGGCUGUUUGUAACACCAACCAAUAAAAUGCCAAUUUUAAAUAGUC